UCCUUGUCUGGCUAAACACUGAGCGACUGUUUGUUGAUGCGCAUGCGCGGGAAAGGGCGCCGGAAUUUGAACAAGAGGAGCGGCGGUUGAUGUGUGCGAACAACAUUGUACUUAAAGUGAUAUAAAAACAUGUCAUCUCUUUGCACUGUGGAGUCGAUGUUGCGCAGCCCUUUGAAGCGCUUGAGGCAGCCUUCCACAGACAAUGAAGGAAAUGAGGGAGCAUCGUCUCUAGAUUCUCUAAAGAGUCAAACGCCUUUGUCCUUGGAUGAAGAGAUGGAAAACAUUAAUCCUGUGGAAUCUCAUAUGUCAUCAAAGUUUAGAAACCUUGAGCAUGAAGUCAAGCCAGACACUCCCAUGGUUCCCUCGGUGCAAUCACGGCUUCGAAGACUAGCUGAACAGAAGAAAGAAUUGUGUUCUGAUGAUCUUCUCUCCAAUGCACGGUUACCUUCAGACACAAAAUAUGGAAUGGCUUCUCCAGCAGAAAUGAUCAACGCCUGGAAGAAUGAUCUCAUCAGACCAGCUAUUAAGAAGGCCAGAAAAGAGACUACAGAUCAAACCGUCAUGCCUUCUAUGGAUGUGAAAACUUCAUUAAUCUCAAGUAGCAUUGUUGUGCAAGCAGUUCGAGACAAAUUUGAAGAGAUGAAUCAUGAGAAACAGAACCAAGGACAAAUGGGAAACUUCCUCAGCCCUGAAGUAACUCCAAAUACCAAAGCCAUUCAGGCAAUGCUGUUUCAGAACUCUACUCCCAGUGCCUCUCAUGUUAUUCGGAUAAAAAGGGAGCGCGAGCGGGAGCUAGCAAUGCUUCGGGGCAAGACUGAGGGGAAGAAUCCUUGGGUAAAAAAGAAAACAUCCAGGACCUGCACAGGAAGUGAGGAAACUCUUGAGGAGAUUACAGUACAACAGACAGAGAUGAAAGAAGGCAAAGAAUCGCAAGUGGACAUGUUUCCUGGCAAUUAUACCACUUUGGGGUUUAAGUUCACUCCAAAUGAUGAGGAAAUCCUACAUAUUACUGAAGACAAAGGUGACGGCAAGGGAAAAGAACCCAUGGAUUGGUCUACUCCCCUAAAGAAGGUCACCUUUGCAUUAGAGCCACAAACUAUUCCAUCGUCAGAAUAUAUAGAAACUGACAGUGAUGAAAAGUGCAUCUCUGAGAUCGAAUUGGAAUCGUCCUCUCAGGAAGAGCUAAAUAACUCUGAAAUAAUUGAUGAGCUGUUUAAAGACGUGCUUGACAUGGAUGAUGUAAAGGAAGAAAUAGAACAUGAAGCUGAGGCUGAAGACCGCAUGGUGGUAGAGUUGGAUAAACCUGAAACUGAGGAGCAGAGUGAUGAGGCAAAAUCUGAAAAUGAGGUAAAAGAAAAAAAAGAUGAGCUGACUCUUCCCAGAAUAGCUGUGGUGUCUCCACUUGCCAAAUCAAUCAAAUUAGAUGCCAUGGCUCCUUUGGCCACGGUACUGACAUCAUUGAACAACAGUCUAACGGAAUCCAGUCCCUCCAUCUAUUCCUCUUUCAAGAUGGAGAAUACUGGGCAGAAUCAAAAUCAAACUGGAAAUCUUUCACCAGCAGUGGAUGGUACACCAUUCUACAGUAUUGAUUUGUACAGAACUCAACGUCGCAGUGCUCGACAGCAAGAAAGGAAAAACAAGGAAAUCAGCAAGACAAAUACCCAAGGAGGAGCAGAAGGUUCUGUUUUUGAAACAAAGCAAGUCACUACGAAAGAGAAAAUAAAGAUACUUAACGAUGAAAUUAAGAGACUGCACAACAUCAUGCAUCAGGCGAGCCAGGCACUAAAUUGUUGUACAGACAAAGAGCACGGCAAAGGCUCAUGGGAAGAAGCAGAAGCAGAGCGUCACCUUCUUAUUGCUUCUGAGAAACGUGUUGCAUUACUGACUGAGCUGAGUAGGCUGAAAGGAGACGGUUAUGCGGGAUCCCGAGGUGAAGCAGCCCAGUUGACAAAUGGGCUUGAGCCCUGCUAUGGCGAUGUCUGCAUCUCUAAUCUUCACCUGCCUCUGAAAGCUGAAUUUGUGUCUCAAGCAUUAUGUAAAGAAGGAAAGCCCACGCAUUAUUUCUUGCUGAUGAUCAAAUAUGGUCCACACAAUAUUAUAGCAACUCCACUAGCAACAGCAAAGGAUGCUCACCAGAAUGAUACCAUUAUUUUCCCAACCAUCAUUACACUGAGUGAUAUUCAUUACAAGUUUGAAAUUGACGUGGAGGUGUACAGCUUGGCUCAGUCUUUAAAUGUAACCACUGCUGAAAAGCGAAGAUCAUCAAGAUCCAAGGCAUUAACACCUAAAAAGCUCCUGACGUCAAUAACUAAAACAAACUUACAGUCGCCUGGUGCUAGUCCUGUUCUUGGCAGUUCGAUACGUGCCAGUAGGUUUGUACUGGUUGGGUCUCACACAAUCACUCUGGCAUCUCUGGGCAAAGACAAGUUUGCACUGGACAAAAUGAAGCUUGAUGGAAAAGUCAGGCAACUGCUUGGAGAUGAGUUUCAGGAAAAGGUCCCAUUCCUAUCCCCCCUUGAAGGUGCCGUAUAUUUGAAACUGCAGUGCCAUUUUCACUCCACCAUUGAGUAUUCGGGAUUCCUGACUAUAUUUGAGGAUGUGAGUGGGUUUGGUGCAUGGCAUCGCCGGUGGUUUGUGUUGUCUGGCAACACACUUUCCUAUUGGACUUACCCCAAUGAAGAGAAACACACGAAACCUAUUGGGUGCAUUAACUUGGCCAACUGUACCACAGACAAGAUUGAACCUGCCAAUCGUGAGUUCUGUUCCAGACCUAAAACCUUGGAGCUGAUUACAGCAUCGCCUCUGUCUAAAGAUGAUCAUGAAACACUAAUUGUACAUUGUCGAGACAAUUUCUGCUUUACCAAAAACUGGCUGUCAGCUGACACGAAAGAAGAGAGGAAUUCGUGGAUGGAGAAACUUAACCAAGUCCUGAUCAACCUCAGGACAUGGCAGCAGAUACCACACUUGACAUGCAAGGAUGGAAUCUGAAAAUGAGAUGAUUCAUCCUCUACCACAGCCAUCCUCACUACUGUACCAUUCCACUACAAAUGGUACAAGGGAUGUGGUUGCAUUUGAUAUUUAAGUGCUUUGCAAGUAGUUGACUACAUAUCCAACCAGUUAUAUAAUUGCUGCUAAAAAUUAUUAAAUUCAAUUUAAUCCAAAGAGCGUUUAAAAAAAAAUUGUAUUUCCGGAACUCUUCCUUGUUGGUAUGUAUCUUUUGGUUUCCUCCCCCGGUAUAUUGAAAAGCUUGAAAUUUUUAAUGUGUAAAUCACCAUCUUAACCUGUGAAAUUCCAGGUUAUUUUAAGAGGUCAGAGCUAGUUUCCCAAUAUGAUAUACAAGGAGUGCCAAAGCAGACAAGCUUGAAUAUGGCAGCACCAUUGACUACUUCAUGGGAGUGUUGAGGGGUCUCUGAUUUGCUCUCAAUAUAAGCCUGAAUCUCUUCAGCAUAUUGUCAGCAUAAGAAUAUUGGACAGAUUUUGACUAAGAUGGCAAUUCCAGGGCUGACUAGUCUAAUUUACAAAUGAGGGGGUAGAUAAGUAUAUCCAUUUUUGACCAGUCUUAUGGAGACUAGUUGUUUCUGCAAAUCUUGAAAUUUGAGCAGGGACUGGCUUGUAAUAAUUGGGGAUGUGGGCGGCAGAGAGAAUAGUUCAGAAAUCACUAUUUAAUCAAGGCCAGAAUUUCCUUGCAAGAUUAACUCUUUGGCAAGAUGACAAAUGAUUAACUUUGCACAUGUAUGUCAAUCUAUUAUUUCUAUCCUAUAUCUACAUCUUUGUCAUAAUGUAUUAACUUUUCUGUAUACAUGUCAUUAAAAUAAAUAAAUAUUUAAACGUGUGCACUUGUUCCCUGCUUUGUUCAGGUUCAAUUGCCAUCUUGCAUUCUCUGAAACUGGAACUAAUUUCACAGCCUAGCAAUAAAAUGAACCACACUGCAGGUGCUGGAAUUAUUCAGGUUAAUCAGCAAGCUUCUUGGGCCAGUAUGUAGUCUUAGAUUCAGUUAGGUGUAGGGAAAGGUUGGGGAAGAUGGAUUAAAUAAAGCUAAACAUGCAAGACAAGGUGGAUAACAUAAAUUAAAAUAUGGGUUAAGAACAAGUGUGAAGUGGGAUUUUCUGCUUGUCUUGCUGUAAAGGCUUGGUUGGAAGAUGAGCAUUGACACCAAAAUCAGACUCCCUGUUCAAAGCCCAGUUCUAGUUGAGGACCAAAUAUGCAGUCACCCCAUAAGCAUUUAGCUUCAGUGUUGUAGUGCAGACUUAUAUAAGUAGUUAAUGCAGAAUGCUAAAUAUAUUUACUUUGUUGCAGCUGGUAACCAUUAGGAGAGGUAAAAGGGUAUGUGUAAUACUUCUCUCACUUACUUGGGAGGAAGUUGGGGUUGAUUUGCAUACACCAGGGCAUUGAAACAAUCUAUAACGUGCCACGUGGGAAAAGUUGAUAAACCUACUUGAUGUUGAUGGCAGCAUAGUAAAUGGGGCUUCCGAAGGGCUUUAGAACCAUGGUUUUAUCUCAAACCAGUAAUCAUUUACCCAAAGCCAGUUUAUCUAGUUCAAAACAAAUCUCAGCUUGUCCCCUACCAUGACCAGCAGCUGUAGUACUGGUAGUACAUUAUUAUUAUUAAGAAAAACAUUAUUUGAGGGAUUGCCAAAUAUGGUUUCAUAUUGUGGAAAAUCAAAAUAUGGACAGUUUUUCAGGCACACUAUGCCCUCUGACUCGGGAUUCAUCUAUACUCACUAGGCCAGUAAGUAUAGCUUUAAUUUUUGGCUCUCAAUUUAGAAAUAUUUAAGCCCACAUAAGCAUCUGCAGUAACUGCAGAUGCUAAUCAGCUUUUAACCUAAGUGUUAUUGAGUUAUGCCAUUUAUAAGUGGUCAUGUAUGAUUUGUGAAUUCUGUAUGGGUGUUUCCACCAUAACAUGGGUUGCCCACACUUUAUGCAAGCUCUAAGUGAACUGCAUCUAAAUGUAAUGUUCCUCUAUGCCCCAGCAUCACAGCAUUGUUCGAAGAACAAGACCAAAAAAACAAAAUUGCCAGAAGGCCUUUAUUUCAAGAAUUUCCACAUCAGACACAUUCCAGAACGGCCUCAGUUCUUCACGUGGGCUUUCUUCUUGAUCAGCUACAAAAUGCCAGCCAUCAGCAUACCAUCAAAGAUGAAUGGGUCCAUCCUGUGUGUGUCUCCUCUGGGAUGAGACUUUCAAUCCAAUUACACUGACUGGUGUUUAUGGAAAUUAUCUGAUGCAUGUUACAUCUGAGAACAGUGUGUGGUAGUCUUGUUUACAAAUGGCCGGUUCUGCAUUCCAUUGCAUC